CACUCGCAGAUCCAAUUGUGGGCCAGCAAACCUGCCUUUAGCGCAGGCCAAUGUACAAACAGACAUGCCAGUGCAUACAAAGUGUUCUUGCGCACCAAUAGAACCUCACCUUCCGACUGUCAGAGAGUUCCACCAUUUGUUGCACAGGCUCUUUCCCCUUUGGUUACGAGACCGGAUCCCGGUACCUCCAGUAAUCUGUCUCCACUUGUCACUUCUCACCUCGGCCUAAUCCCCUCGUCUAUUUCCCUCGCCCCCCUUUUGGUUGUCCAACACUUCUUCCUCGGUCUCUGGGUCCUUCGAGCAACUAAGUCCCUCCAGCUCUUCUCUCUCGUCUUCCGCGUCAUAGACAAAGUUGGCGACAGCAACGGCGAGGGUGGCGGCUAUUCUUCUUCGCAGCCACUCUACUUCAGCUCCUUCUUUUCUACUCUCGACAUUGCAGCGGAAUCAGUUGGCUGUGAGUUGCCUCUCGAUGCGUCGCUAUGA